AUGCGAGACAGCAGUAACAAGAGGGGCAAAUCCCUCCCUGGAGAGGCCCCUCCCCACUCCCUCACAGGCGGCAGGGGAGUCUCCGUAGUGUGCGGGAAGUCCAGGGUGAUGGGGAGGACCUGUGGUGGCCGGGCUGUGGAGGCGUGGUCCCAGGGCUUGCAUGUCUGUGGAGCUAUGCUCUUGAACUCCAGCUGGCUCCUUUCCGCCGCCUACUGCUUACUCAAGAAAUCCAAAGCCCCAGGGAACUACGGAGUUCUGUUAGGAAGCACCCAGCUGUACCAGUGCACCCAGCACACCCGGGAGGUGUCUGUGAGCCAGAUUAUCACACACCCAGACUUCGAGAAGUUACAUCCCUUUGGGAGCGACAUCACCAUGUUGCAGCUGCUCUUUCCUGUGAACUUCACCUCCUACACCAUCCCUGCCUGCCUCCCAGUCCCUGGCAUGAAGCUCCCCAGGGACUCAUCCUGCUGGAUAACUGGCUGGGGGAUGCUCAACGAGGAAAGGCCCCACAUGUGGGACAAGGACGCCGACAUGUGGGAUGAGGAUUCCCACAUGUGGGACAAGGACCCCCACAUGUAG